AUGCGGAACUCAUUUGCCAUUGUGGUCAUGGCUAUUUCCGCCCGCUUCACGAAUGCAGCUUUCGUGCCGUCGGGCGUAAGCCAGUACAGCGCUUCUGUGCUCGACACAGCUAUCGCUAACUGCCUACAGAUGAUAUCCAGCACGGAGUUUGCUAGUGAUGACCAAACGCUCAUGGGCGAAGCGGCAGGUGCCAUCGUCGGCAGCUCCGUCGAGUCUACCAGGUCUUCAGAGCAGCCAAGCCUUGACAGCAACGCCGCUGGGGUUGUACAAAUAAAGCCUCUUCCAGUCUCUGCAGUCCAUGCUGCCCUGAACGACGUUGAAAAUAUAUGUGAGCAGGAUUAUUCACAGACAUGUCCACUGGACUAUGAAUUGGCUGGACAUGCUUUUGGACCAACUUCUCUGGUGUGCGCUCCGACUUCUGCGUAUGAUGGCCCAUGCAGGGGAGACUUGCUAGACCUUCUUUCAGUUGUCCAAAAGGCUGGAGACCCUCAAAAGGGCCCUGCGCCUCACCACCUCAAGAUAUCACUGGGCCUGACGCAGACUUCCCACUCACGCGUACUGCCCUUGCCAGAGCGACUUUUCAGGCGGUUUGUGGUGGCGCUGCUUUUUCUCGCUUCACCUGGCCGAUUCUCAAGAGCACAGCUGGUCACGGAAGUCUACGAAACGUGUACUGCCGUCGAAGGGGAGAUAGCACGCUGCGGGCCUGGCGCAAACUGUUUCAUAAUCGGAGGCGUGCCGACAUGCCACUGUAUCAUCGACGUGGCCACCGGUUUACCGCUGGCGGGAAAUCCGUACAAGGCUUGUACAUGGGACAUAAGUGGCAACUGGCAACUCUUUUCGCACUACUCCGACAAGAAGGAAGCUGAUAAAGAAAAGAAGAAGCCGCGAGCGGGAGUUAUGAGACAAGUUCUUAGUCCCCUAUCCAAUGAGCCAUUUGUCAUUCGGCUUCACAGAACGGACGCACUUCUCAGAACGAGGUACCUUCUGGGAGCAAUCUUCGUGGUUACUCCGCUUACUUCAUUUGCGGCUGGCGUUUCGGGUCGAGCUUUUGUAGAUGCGAGGGACAACAUCUCGAUUAUCUUCGAGCAGGCCGAAGGCUUUGCAGAUCAUUAUGGACGAAGUAUCUUCUUAAGAACGAGGCUCCACGACACUUCGCUGACGAAAUUAGAGAAAAAGCUAACGGACAAAAAGGAUCUGAAGGGCAACUGGGAAAAAAAUGAUGGGACCAUCGUCGAAAUUUAUGGUGCCCAGGCCCCGCGGAAUUGGCCGACAUUUGUAAACAACUUCCUUCGACAAAACGCUGUCUACUGGUACAAUGAUCCGUCCUACGGUGACCCGGCCUUGAGGAUGAGUACUGCCCUCUUUCUCGAUGACACUCUUCCGGAAGAACGAGCGGCAUUUCAAACGAACGCCCAGUUCGUGCAGCUGGGAUGGUACGGCGCCCUCCGAUUCGGCUCGAACCGCAUCGAUAUAUAUUCUCCAGCUACUGGCGAACCGAUUUACAGUCUGCUACGGAUCGAUACACUCCCUCCGUUCACCCCGUUUGGAAUGCCCGCGAUGCAGGUGACCGCCAUAUGCACGACCCACAGCUGA